GAAUCAUUAAAAACAAGGUCCCAACGGACUAAAUUUUUGUCUCUUAAGGAAUCCGGAAUCUCAACAGAAAUGACUUGUAAGACUGGAUGAACACGCGCGGGCGCCCUUUUUGAGUACAACAAGUACCAAGUAAAACAUGAAAUUUUCAAUAGUAUCGAAAUUUUCGGUUUUCGAUAGUAGUGUACUGUAAUUUACUACAUGAAAUAAAUCUAUUCAUAAACUCUGCAUCCUAAACAAAAGACAACAGUUGGCUCCCAGCAAACAAAAGAGACGCAAUGGGUGUCAUUGAGACCCUUUGUAUAUACUGGGCAAUCAAGCAUAGAGGACGCUUGGUAGAGGAAUGGGAAGACAAACAAAANCAUCCAAGUAUUUCCAUAUACCAGCGCAUAUAAUAUACAAAAAACGAUGAUGUGAUCAUUUAUUCUAGAGGAAUCGGAGCACAUGAUGGAAUUCAGCAUAACUUCGAGAGAGAAGAGCGAUUCGUAGCUGAGCAAGAAACUAUCAAGUUUUGGGAACAAAUCAAAAUCUGUUGAUCCUCUAGCCUAUAUGUGCGAAUACAGACAAAUUUUGCGGCCGAAUUGAACAAAGAGAGACAAUAAUAUCAAACUCGAAGUUGGAAUACAAAAUAGAUCCUUUUCACCAAUACAUACACCUUGAGUCUUUGAAGAAGAGCGACUAUUCUAAAUGCAGCGUUGAUGAGAAUUACUAUUUUUCGCAUGAAACAACCCAUGAAAUCAAACUAGGAAAGCGCGAUCGUGGGCUCUCCAAGGCGCAACCGGAAGGGAUAUUAUCAUCAAGAACAGAGGCGACGAUUUCAAUAGCGCCCGAUGAACAUCAAAGUUUGAGGCCGAAUAAAUCAUGCCACUUGUCUAUGUGAAAAUGUCAUCUCCCGCUAGCUUGGAAGUGAAACAGAUCCUUAUCGACAUUCACGAAUUUAGACAGCGGGAACCCUCUUUGUGCGAAGAUUCCCGCGGAUUGAAUCAAUGGUGCUGAUGUUCCUUUACGCUUGCGUGGAAUAGAAGAAAUGAUAUCGAUGGCAGAUGUGGUCUUUCUUUAGACCUAUUUCGCAGCGAGAUCACUAAACUACCGACAUUGAAUUGAAUCAGUUGACUUCUUGGAAAUCUUACCUAUCUCGUACGUAUAAUUUCAACUAUCAUCUUGCCUUUCCAAUUUACAGAUUGGUUCUUGAAAUGCCAGAAUCAAUUGAGGCAGGUUGCCCGAUAGUGACUUCCUUUUGACAUCUCCAUUCAAUACGACAACAGUUUGCAUCUCCAUCUUGAGAGGAGUUGCUUUUUAAAAGUUUCUACCAACCUUGCGGUACAUUUCGAUUUCGAUUUCGAUUUUUAUUCCACUCAAAAAGUGAGCGAAAAAAGGGUCGGAAACACUCCGAAUUACUGUAGCAAUCUAGUCCACGUGUAUGUGAUUUUCUUAUCCUACUCGUACGAACCAAGAAAUAGAAAGAAGCCGUACGGUACGGUACUUACUUUACGGUAAGUUAUAAAAAAAUGUGUUCCCCUUCUUUUUUUGGUCUUUUUGCCAGAAUGCCCCCCAUGUUGAAAAAUGAAAAAUUGAUUGAAUGCAUCACAUCCGUUCUAGAGAAAAAAAUAAAACAUUCUGCAACAGAGGACAGCAAUGGCAUCGUCUGCUUGCUUUCGACCAACGAUGGCUUGCUUUCGAAAGGCUCGCGUUACGAUUCCAAAAUUGUCACCCACCCACACGCGGGCGAAAAUCAUUCGAUUCUGCCCCACCGGUCUCCCACCCCCGGAUCCUUCACCGACAGCAAAGGCUCCAUCGGUGUACCUGGAGUGCACGGAUGCCCUCUUUGUUCUGGAAUGCAGCCCCGACUUGGUCACGGAAGGAUUUCGAGAAGAAACCGAGGACGGGAGAGACGCCAAUCCUCUCAUGAUUGUAGAGUCCCACGACGAGGGAGACUUCCGGUUUCUUCACGGUGAAAGCAGCGGGGACAGCGAGGGGACUCCACCAAUCACAAUUCGUCUCGACGAAUGGUACGAUGUGGGUCAGACGAUCGGUCUGAUCGAUGACGGUGACGACGACGACGACGACGAUGACGAUACCGAAGAAUGGUUGUGGCAGGCAUAUUCCCAUAGAGAAGGCGAGGACCAAAAUCGAACACCGAACCUCCCCCCGCACAUUGCCACGGGGAAAAUCAGCAGCUGAUUGUCAAAGAAUCGUUUUGCGGGAACGCCGGGACGGACCAGCAAUCGAGAAAGGAGAUGAUGCCAUGGUUGCCGGCGGAUGAGAAACAAUUCGAUCUACUGACAUUCGAGUGCGCAGAGAUGCUAUGAAUCGUGCUCGGAGGCGUUGACAAUGACAUGGAC